CUGUAUAUAUAUUUACAGUUUUGUCACCGUAUUCUCCCCUCUUUUUCUUCUACCAAAAUUCCAAUCGCCGGAGAUAAUUUGACGAUGGUGGAAACUCGCCGGAGCUCAUCUUCAUCCAAACGCACCCUUUCUUCUUCCCCAAUUCCUUCCGGCAAAAGAUCCAAGGCGGCAGAAGCUGCGUCGUCGUCGACUACCGGAACGCCGGCGGAGCCAAUUGAGACGGCGACGGUGGUUGUUAAAGAUUCAGGUGGUGGUGGGUGUGAUUCACAAGAACCGGAGGUCCGGUCGUCUGAUCCGAAUAAGGAAGUGAAUGGUGUAGAUUUGCCGGAAAAGUCUCCGGUUGCUGACGUGGAAGGCAAUGGUCAGCCAUUGGUUUCGCCUAUGUCAUUAGGGGAGUCUUUGAUGGAUGUGGAGAAGAAGACGAAAACGAAGACAAACGCGGCAAAUGGUUCGAAACGGACGAAGAAACGACAGCUGAAAUCUAAUAUUGGAGUGGCUUGGGGGAAGCUUCUUUCCCAGUGCCCUCAGAAUCCUCAUAUUGUCAUGGAUCGUGAGAUUUUCACGAUUGGUCAAAGUCACCAAUGUGAUUUGUGGAUUAGUGAUAAAACCGUCAGCGACUCAUUGUGUAGCCUGAGGCACAUAGAGUCACAGCAAGGAGGUGCAUCAAUCACUUUACUUGAAAUCACCGGCGGCAAGGGUGCGGUUAAGGUUAAUGGCAAGAUAUGCCCUAAAAGGUCAACGUGGCCACUUAGAGCUGGAGAUGAAUUAAUUUUUAGCUCUUCAGGACGACAUGCUUAUAUAUUUCAGCAGCUAUCUAAUGAUAAUGUUGCCGCUGACGUGGCACCUUCGGUGAGCAUACUAGAAGCACACAGUGGCUCAUUAAAAGGAUUACAGUUUGAGGCAAGAUCUAGAGAUCCAUCUGCAGUUGCAGGAGCUUCAAUAUUGGCGUCUUUGUCUAGUAUCCGGAAAGAGUUAUCCCUUCUUCCCCCACUUUGUAAAGGCAAAGAUUUACAACCUGGAAUGCCAAAUGUGCCUACUGCUUGUGAAGAUACUCAUGUAAUAGACACUGAAAUGAAGGAUGUUUCUGAUCCUAACGAUAAUGUAGCCGCUGAUGUGCCACCAACAAGUGAUAAAGGUAAUGAAAAUCUUGAUGGUGGUUCUGCUGAUGCCGAAACGGGUAACAUCCCGCCUGCAAAUCAUGAGUUGAGACCACUGCUGCGUAUGCUUGCGGGGUCAUCAACUUCUGAGCUUGAUAUUAUGAAAAUUCUUGAUGAGAGGAGAGAAAUUAAAGGAUUGUCAAAAGAUACUGAUCUGCCGAUCUCGUUAGCAUCUCGGCGCCAAGCAUAUAAAGAUAGCUUACUCCAGGGAAUUAUCGAUCCCAAUACAGUUGAAGUUACAUUUGAUGAUUUUCCGUAUUAUUUAAGUGAAACCACAAAGAGUGUGCUGAUUACUUCAACAUACAUACAUCUGAAACGUAAUGAGUUUUUGAAAUAUGUCUCCGAUCUGCCUACUUUGUGCCCCAGGAUACUGUUGUGUGGUCCAGCAGGUUCAGAAAUAUACCAGGAAACAUUAAUGAAGGCUCUUGCAAAACAUUUUGGUGCAAGACUGCUUGUAGUUGAUUCUCUUUUAUUACCUGGUGGAUCAGCUGCCAAGGAAACAGAUACCUCAGUGAAGGAGAGUGGUAGGCCCGAAAGAGCAAGUGUCUUUCCUAAACGUGCUUCUCAAUCUGGUGUUAUGCACUCUAAGAAACCAACAUCAAGUGUUGAGGCUGAUAUAGUUGGUGGAUCUACCACAUGCUCGCAUGCGCAGCCGAAACAGGAGUCAUCUACUGCAUCAUCAAAAACAUACACUUUCAAAAAAGGUGACAGAGUUAAAUACGUUGGCUCCUUGGCAGCUGGUUUUUCUCCUCUUCAGACUCCUUUAAGGGGCCCCACAUAUGGUUAUAAGGGGAAAGUUCUACUUCCAUUUGAAGAAAAUGGUUCUUCCAAGAUUGGAGUUAGAUUUGACAGGUCAGUUCAAGAAGGCAAUGAUCUUGGGGGAAUUUGUGAGGAAGGCCAUGGUUUUUUCUGUUCUGCUGAUUCACUGCGCCUUGAUUCUUCAAGUGCCGAUGACAUCGAGAAGCUUGCCAUUAAUGAAGUUUUUGAGGUUGCUGAGAAAGAGAGUGAAUCUAGUUCUUUGCUUUUGUUUGUGAAAGAUAUAGAGAAAUCGAUGCUGGGAAAUACAGAGGCCUACAAUUCUUUUAAAAGUAAGCUUGAAAAUGCACCGGGGAAUGUCGUCGUUAUUGCUUCCCACACUCAGAUGGACAAUCGAAAGGAGAAAUCUCAUGCUGGUGGAUUACUUUUCACGAAGUUCGCCAAUCAGACGACGCUGUUUGAUUUAGCUUUUGGGGAUAGUGGAUUGGGUAGAAUGCAUGAUCGAAGCAAAGAAACCCCCAAAGCGAUGAAGCACCUCACCCGUCUUUUCCCAAACAAAGUGACUAUACAGACGCCACAGGAUGAGGCUCUGCUUUCAGAGUGGAAGCAACAGCUGGAUCGAGAUACAGAGACACUGAAAUCACAAUCGAACAUUGUCAGCAUCCGUGCGGUUUUAACCCGAGUUGGUCUUGAUUGCUCCAAUCUUGAUGCACUGUGCAUAAAAGAUCAAACACUGACAAAUGAAAGUGCUGAGAAAGUUAUUGGCUGGGCUUUGAGUCAUCACUUUAUGCAGAAUUACGAAGCUUCGACAAAGGAUGCUAAACCUGUGAUUUCUAAUGAAAGCAUCGAGUAUGGGAUCAAUAUACUGCAAGGUACUCUAAAUGAGAAUAAAAGUUCUAAGAAGACGCUAAAGGAUGUGGUCACUGAAAACGAAUUUGAAAAGAGACUCCUUGCUGAAGUCAUUCCCCCGAGUGAGCUUGGUGUAACGUUCGAGGAUAUUGGAGCCUUAGAAUCUGUUAAAGACACUUUAAAGGAAUUAGUUAUGCUACCUCUUCAGAGGCCUGAAUUGUUUUGUAAAGGGCAGUUAACGAAGCCUUGUAAAGGAAUCUUGCUCUUUGGCCCCCCUGGUACCGGAAAAACAAUGCUUGCAAAAGCUGUUGCAACUGAAGCGGGCGCAAAUUUUAUCAACAUAUCAAUGUCAAGCAUAACUUCAAAGUGGUUUGGUGAAGGAGAAAAGUAUGUCAAAGCAGUUUUCAGCCUUGCUAGUAAAAUCUCUCCUAGUGUUAUUUUUGUUGAUGAGGUGGACAGCAUGUUGGGAAGACGUGAAAAUCCCAGUGAACAUGAAGCAAUGCGUAAAAUGAAAAACGAGUUUAUGGUUAAUUGGGAUGGCCUACGUACAAAGGAUAAAGAACGUGUACUUGUACUAGGUGCAACAAAUAGACCUUUUGAUCUCGAUGAAGCUGUAAUCAGGAGACUACCUCGCAGGUUGAUGGUGAAUCUACCCGAUGCCCCAAACAGGGAUAAAAUUCUUCGAGUUAUAUUGGCAAAAGAGGAUUUAUCACCUGAUGUCGACCUUGAAGCAGUAGCUAGUAUGACUGAUGGGUACUCGGGAAGUGAUUUGAAGAAUCUUUGCGUGACGGCGGCUCACUGUCCAAUAAGAGAACUUUUGGAGAAGGAAAAAAAGGAGAAAGCUUUGGCAUUGGAAGAAAAUAGACCAUUGCCUCCUUUGCAUGAUAGUGCGGAUGUCCGUCCUCUAAGUUUGGAUGAUUUUAAGUAUGCACAUGAUCAGGUAUGUGCAAGUGUGUCAACAGAGUCUGCAAAUAUGAAUGAGCUUCUCCAAUGGAAUGAACUAUAUGGUGAAGGUGGAUCCAGGAAGAAAAAACUUCUCAGCUACUUCAUGUAGACAGUGUAUUAAGUGUAUAGCCGUCCCCUUUGUUUAUUUUUAUUUUAUUACAGUUAGUGUGGGAUAAGAGAUCCGUCGAUGCUGAUUAGUUUUUCUUUCAUAAAAUCCCAUCCUGAUAUACAAAGGACCUGUAUCAAUGGAAAUUCCGUUGCAGGUCAACGCUGAAGAGUUUUUUUUUUUAAUUUAACUUUUGCAUCGACCCCAUGUGUAACAUAUAUUUAGUUUAAGAUUAUUUGCUAUUGUUAAAUAAUUUAUAUGCUUGUAUAGACCAACUAAGAUACAUCAUGAUUGUUGAA